GUUGCAGGUGAUAUUCGGACAUCCACUCCAAGGAUUCACGCUUUUGAUUCUUCGCUGCACGCAAUUAGACCUUUCACACAAUCCGGUCUUACUUUAGAUCAAUCUUUGCAACAAUUUUCUGCAAAACAUGAUGGCUUGUAUCUAUAUGUAGGUAGAAUAUUCAGGCCCAUAUGGAAUGUUCGGUGUAUCAAGCAAGAUAAUGUCAACAACAAGAUUCAGAUAGUUAACGCCGUACCACCUGCACAAAUAAUUCAAAUCCUAGGAAAUUUGCAAUCGCUAAAAUUGUUUUUGAAUAAAAACAUCCACAGUUUUAAGCAACAAAGUACCUCUCGAAUUAUUACCGAUGGCUUUGAAAAUACGAUGUCGCCACAUUUUCAAGAACCAAUAGUUGAAGAAAGAAAUUCACUGGACGCACUUGAAAUUUUUAUUACUCACGCAUAUGAAGUCCUUGGAUUGUGGAAAGUUUUGUGCGAGGACCAGCUGCAUAAUGUCAUCAGUUGUUUAACCAAGGAUCAAAUCAAUCAAUUUUCAACGGCAACGUUCAGAGAUUUAAUAUUAAUUGGUCACGAAAUAUCUUCUUUGCUUAUCGUACAUUUAAUUGACAGUUACUUGGGAGAUAAUGCCUCUGUCGAUGCAGUGAGCUUUCGUCUCCGCGAAAUCUGCCCUAAUUUAUAUCGUAAUGAAGAUUCCAUCUGCUUUAAGGCAAAUGAAAUAAUUUUAAAGGCAAAAAGCUGUGGAAGUCCUGAAGAAAAAGAACCUUAUUUGCAGUCUGCACUCAAGGUAAAUCGUUUAUUAUUACAAUAUAUAUUUUAUUGUAAUUUAUCCUCUCAAGUGGUUAUACUUAGUUUUUCGUAAGGUCAAAACAAGGUG